AGUGUAAAAUGAAUUUGAGGGGGAUUCACUCUCGGCUCUCUGGACACAACCUAAAAUUAACUUGGUAAACCGCGACUGGCUCGAGCUCAGAGAAGGGCUCGAUCAUGACUCAUGGCGAUGACUGCUGUACAACAGCAGAAGAUGGAGCUGAGAGCGACCAGCUGCAGCCUCUUCUUCUGGAAAGGGUGGAGAAAGAAAAGUCUAAAAGCUGGCAAACUGUUGUGUCACAUCGUUUAAAGAAACACUGCGUGUGCACACCAAAGAAAGCUAAAUCCAAAAUACUGGGCUUUGUGCCGAUUCUGAAAUGGCUGCCACACUACCAGCUCAGGGAAUGGCUGCUGGGUGAUGUCAUGUCAGGACUGAUUGUUGGAGUCCUAUUGGUCCCUCAGUCUAUAGCCUACUCCUUAUUAGCCAGUCAGGACCCCAUAUAUGGUCUCUAUACUUCUUUCUUCUCCUCCAUCAUCUACGCCCUCUUAGGCACUUCCAGACACAUCUCAGUGGGGAUCUUUGGGGUGCUCUGCCUGCUUGUGGGUCAGGUUGUGGACAGGGAGUUAGCUUUGGCAGGAUACCUCACAGAAAGCAGCAGCAGCAGUAACAGUAGCGCCCUCCUGCUGGCCGGCCAGGGGAAUGGCACUGUGGAAUGUGACAGAAGCUGCUAUGCAAUCACAGUGGGAGCAACAGUUACCUUUACUGCUGGAGUUUACCAGGUGCUCAUGGGCCUUUUCCAGGUAGGCUUCGUCUCAGUCUACCUCUCAGACUCCCUUCUCAGUGGCUUCGCUACAGGAGCCUCCCUCACCAUCCUCACGUCCCAGUUAAAAUACCUCCUGGGCCUCAAGAUCCCCAGGCCUCAGGGCUGGUUCACUCUGCUUAAAACCUGGUACGGCAUUCUCACCAACCUGGGAAAAACCAACAUUUGUGACCUGGUGACCAGUAUAGUGUGUUUACUGAUACUGGUACCUACCAAGGAGCUCAAUGAUCGCUUCAAAGCCAAGCUGAAGGCUCCAAUCCCCUUCGAGCUCUUCGUGGUGGUUAUUGCAACACUUGCUUCUCAUUUUGGCCACUUCAAUACCGACUACGGUUCGGACGUAGCUGGUGACAUCCCCACGGGUUUCCUCCCUCCCAAGCUGCCGAUGUGGAGUCUGAUCCCCAACGUAGCUGUUGACGCCUUCUCCAUCGCCAUCGUGGGAUUCGCCAUCACUGUCUCACUGUCAGAGAUGUUCGCCAAGAAGCACGGCUACACGGUGGAUGCCAACCAGGAGAUGUACGCCAUUGGCUUCUGCAACAUCUUGCCAUCGUUCUUCCGCUGCUUCACCACCAGCGCUGCGCUGACUAAGACCCUCGUCAAGGAGUCCACAGGGUGUCAGACUCAGGUAUCUGGGCUGGUGAGCGCCCUCGUCCUGCUGCUGGUACUGCUGGUCAUCGCACCGCUCUUCUAUUCCCUGCAAAAAUGUGUAUUAGCAGUCAUCAUCCUGGUUAACCUUCGUGGAGCUUUACGUAAGUUCGGAGACAUUCCAAGCAUGUGGCAUGUCAACCGUGUUGAUACCUCCAUCUGGCUGAUCACCAUGGCAACCUCUGCGCUGGUCAACACAGAGCUAGGUCUGCUCGUUGGGGUUUUGGUAUCAGCCCUCUGCGUCCUGGGCCGAACGCAGCAGGCCAAGGUGCUGGAGCUUGGCCGGGCUCCAACCAGGGAGCAUUAUGAGGACCUGUCGUCUUACCGUGGCCUUCAGAGACAUCCCGGAGUGGCUGUUUUUAAAUACGAGGCUCCAAUCUAUUAUGCCAACCAGAGCUUGUUCAAAAAAUCUCUCUAUAGGGGUGUAGGGCUCGACCCUCUGAAGGAGAAAACACGGCUUAUGAAGCUCAAGAAGAAGAACAAACAGCAGGGAGAGGCUGCAGGACUCCCAAAUAUGAAGUCAGUGGAUACAAGUAAAGAGGAUAACAUUGAAGCUGGUGCAACAACAACAACCUUGAUGCUCGACAAGAAAUCUUCCCAUAGCUUACGCAGUGUAGUGAUAGACUGCAGCGCCAUCAUGUUUUUAGAUACAGCUGGAGUCAAUGCUCUCAAAGAAGUCCGCAAAGAUUAUGAAGAACUUGGGAUCAAGGUGGUCCUGGCCCAGUGUAAUACCUCAGCACUGGACGCACUGGAAAGAGGGGGAUACUACCCUGACAAAAAAGGAUGUGAUGAAGGACAGAACAAAAUCAUAUUCUUCACCAUCGCAGAUGCCGUCCACUACGUCCAAAGCCUCUCGGUUCCGAACGGAGAUUAUGACAGCAGAUGCUAAAAAGAUUCAUCCAUUCAAAUAUCUGUUUACAUAUAUGCAGUUGUACAUUUCACAUAAUGCACAAGAGAAGUCUAUUGUUACCUGUGAGCCUUGUAAUGCUACAGUGAUGGCUGAAGUGCAAGUAUCCAACAUUUUUUCUACUUAAACGCUGCAAAAAAUUCUUUAAUACUGUUUCAGCAUGUUAAAUGCUAAAAACCAUUUCCAGGUCUUCCUCAUAGAAAUGGAACCAAAGUACAAAGUACUUAGAGUAAAAAGUGAAACUGUACAGGGGCAACAUUUUCUCUUUUUUGCAUACAGACACCCGAAUGUGUUCAUAAACAGUCCCCAACCAAUCUUACAUGCACAGGGUUACGUAUACUUCUUUUCCGCCAAAAGGCAAUGGGCUCCUUCCCUACUGCCAAUAGACAAGUAUGCCUUUAUGUUUUUCUUUACUGGUGUGUCACGCUCGACACCAAACAUGACACACAGGACGUGAUGAACGCGUUGCAAAACGGUUAGUAAACAGUAGAAAGCAGCAUAUAGGCCAGUGAAAUUAUUUACUUCUUUAUUAAUAUCUGUUACUUAUUCAGUCUUUCCUCAAACUCGGUCCUGACUAAUCUGAAACGAUGUUCAAGCACUGCUUGGACAGAGACAGAUGGAAUUUGUGGUGGCGUGUCAUUGCAUACUGCUAGAAUAUGGGUGAAAAUUAGCACGUCCACCCGGGUGCUAUGUUUUCAUUACUGCCUAUCGGAGCUGGAGCCGAUAAAUACCCAUGACUAGUACAGAGCCAUACUACCAGACAUAUAACAGCCUACAUUUAAACACCAAAAAAAUCCUUAAAUAGUAAAUAACUUGAAAUAAGCUACAUGAAGAAGUGGUCUAUUGAACAGAUUGGCUGAUCACAGGUUUAGUGGCAGAGGCAAAGGAGGAAAAGGAUACAGUGCGCCAAGUGUCACCAUAAAUCAAGUGUAUCUGGGGCGGCAGUAGCUCAGUCUAUAGAGACUUGGGUUGGGAACCGGAGGGUCGCCUGUUCAAGUCCCCGUCCGGAUCAAAAUAUGGAGUGUAGCUGGAGAGGUGCCAGUUCACCUCCUGGGCACUGCCGAGGUGCCCUUGAGCAAGGCACUGAACCCCCCCAACCACUCAGGGCACCUGACCAAGGCAGCCCUAACACUCUGAUAGCAAGAGUGAAAAAACUAAAUUACCCCUCAGGGGGAUUUAUAAAGUAUAUAAAAUAAAUAAAUAAAUUUAAUAAAUAUCUCCAGUCUGUUCUACGAGGAGACCCACAGUGUGUUGAAGGUCAUCCUGGAGAACAUAAUCCGCGAUGCUGUCACCGAAUUCUGCCAAGCACACCAAGAGGAAGACUGUUACUGUUGUUGAUAAAGUGUAAGCUCUGAAGAGGCAGACAGGCAUAAAAAGAUGCGCCAGUUAUUACUAUCCCAAAAGUUUAUAUUUAAGUUGUCUUGGCAACAUAUCUUAUAGGUCACACAACGAUGGCCAUUAAAUAUGCUAUUAAUGAAUUUAUUAUUUUAUUUGGCAUAUUUCCCACCAGACAUUUUGGCCGGUGAUAUUUUCAUCUGCCGGAUCUACACGUGAUACCAGCAGAUAGCCAGCACAUAUGCUGGCUAUCGUAAACCCUGCUGCAGAGUCAUGUGUCCCAGGAAUGGAUUCAGAUUGUAACCUUUCCCACUUUAGGGAGACUUUAGGGUUACAUCCUAACUCAAUUUGAAUUUGUGACCCUUAAAUUGAAAAUUUACAUUUAAUGUAGAGGUGCAAUAGGAGUUUCCCCCCCCUAAAAUCUACGCAGUACAUUUUUAAUAAUCAGGUGCCACAGUUUUUAAUUCCACUGUGAGUGUCCCUGCAAUUGAGUCAUAGAGAGUUGCUGUAAACUUUUAUUAUAUUUCUCAGCAAGAACCAUAGUUAACUAAAAUUAUAUAUAAUUUAAUCAUGAGCCCUUCCUCAUAAAUGCAUCCUGAAAUAAAUUGUGGGACUUCUACCUGUGAUUCUGUGGGGCAGAAAUUUAUGGUUGUAGGCUGGGUAUGUGCAAAAAAAGAGAAAAGGUUUGUCAUUAAGAAAUGCUGUUUCUAAAGGGAGGACUGAAACGUAGAUGAAGUAUGAAAUUCAGCAGUUUGUGGAUUCACAAAUAAUCAUUUUAAAGGUCUUCGGCUUAAAUGGAAAUUACAUUAAACCUCACUUCCUAUCCUUAAAAUAUUUAUUUUGUAAGAAAUGGCCCAACUGCCUGAACAUGGAUGUACUAUAACUAAUGGUAGUCCAUCAUGCAGUUUUCUCAUAAACUGAUGAUAAUCAAGGGAGGUGUAUUUUGUUUUGGGUUUCUUUUGGAAGGACUUGGUCAUGUUUACAAAGCCAUAAAGCAGUAAAUGAACACUGACGGUUAAAUGAAUGGGAGAGAAGGCUCGACUCGAGCAGACAAACAUCAUUAAAAUUUCUUUGAACUCUGCAUGUUGCAGCAUUCAUGCAUUCAAACUGCAGUGCCUUAAGUGAGACCUAUAACGUGCCUACAUUGUACGCAUGUGUAUAUACUCUGAAUGUUUUUGUAUCAGGUCCUUUGACAUAUGAAUGCCAGUCACUUUUUACUGAUGCAACUGGACAACUUAAGGAUUUCUUUUUCUUCCUGAGAGCACAGUUUCUUUAUGACUCACAAUCUUGUUACCAUAUAUAUCUAUUUUUUUUAAGUUUUCUCAGUUAUUCAUAACAACAAAGGUCAUGUUUUAGAACUGGAGGAUCUCAUUUUGGAACAAACCUUCUCAGCUCUGGUGGCUUUUAUACGCUGGCAGGCCUGUACUGAAUAUGUCACUUUGAUGUAACACUUUACGUUUGUCUACAAUCCAUGUUUGCUGAGGGUGAAAACGUUACUGACCGCUACUGUAGCUUGGUAAAUACUCUGUUGUCAGCUGUGUGCUGAAUGGGGACAAAGUUUAAGUUUAAGAAAAAAAAAACAGUUGUGUGCAGUGAAUGCCACGUGAGAUUUACACCCAGACAGCCUCACUGAGUCAGUUUUGUUGAAUUUAAUGUUGAACUGUGCUGGUGAAACCUCAAAACAGCUCAUUUCUUUGUGUGUAAGAGAUUGGCUCAUCAAACUGCGAGCCAGUUUACUAUGAAAUAAAUUAUUAUAAAUUGUUAUAAUUUAAUUACUGAGGUCCAUUUAUUUCUUUGAGGUCAUGCAGGAAUGCUCAAGAGUGGCUACGUGAUGAUAUGAUUGUGCACUUAGUUAAGGGUGCCCUGUGGAGUUUUUGACCUCUGGCAGUGCUGUUAAGGUUUUGACUUGGUCCCAGAUUUGUUUGUCAUGUGCACAUGUGCGUAGAUGACUCAAUAUUCAUUGGCUUCAAACCAUUCUACUGAUCUUCAGGCGGUGGUAAUGUGCCAGUAAAAGGAAGGAGAAGAACAAGACUGCUAACUUGUGAACAUGGUUGUGAACAAUAUAAAAUGUUCCAAACACCGCCUUUGCAAGUGGUUUAUGGGGAAGGAAGUUAAUUCACAUUUGUUAUUAGGCUUUGAUUCUAUGCACAAACCCGACUGGCCCAGAUCUGACUGGUUUGGGCAGUAAUUUCUCAAAAUUUUGUCAGGCUUAAAUCUGAUUGGGUACAUGUAAUUUCACUGUUACUGUAAGGAUUAACAAAGGCUUAAGUUUCAGUGCGCUUGGCAUCUCCUCCAACAAAUCGCCCGGAGCCUCUGCUGCUGGUGCUCUGAAUAACACUUUUGUGUCUCUUGCUUAGUCUUUUUGCCCAUUUUAAACAACUUAGGAAGCCUCUUCAUCAGUCUUAUGUGUCAGGUAGUAUUUGACAUGUCCCAUAUCAGCAAUCUUGUACUCCAUCAUGAGUGGUAUAUCAGCGGACGUGCUGAGGGUGACAGUCUUGGACAGUGGCGUCACCUUUGUAAAGAAGUUCAGGUAGUUGAGGGCAAAGAUCAGCUGGACGGGUUCAUUCAUCUCAAUAGUAACAGCCUCGUCCUUUUUGUCUACGUUACUGGUCUGGGACGGUUUGACGUUUCCUGUGUCCAGCUCCAAGUGCGCGCUUGUCCUCAUAGUGGCUAUUUACGAAUGCAUCCUAGGUCACAAAUGUCUGUUACCUCACUGAAAAGGCUCAAGUUAACUUACCAGUAAGCCUGUUCUUUUUUUUAAAAAAAAAAAAUUAUGACAGUUGAAAUUUGGCCGCAGGUCGGACUUGAGUCGGGCUUGGACAAAAACUGCGCAGGUUCAUGUAGGUUCGGGCCAAAUUUUUCGGGCCCAAUCAAAGCUCUAAUGUGUUUCACCUGAAGGAUGCACACAAUGCAUCUUGUUAAGCAACACUGACUAUAAACAAACUCCACAGGGCACCUUUAAACAACGUCCCAAAGAUUACAGCCGAAAAGACUGGAUGUUCUUGUUUUAAAUAGCAUUUGCCUUUGCUGGAGGGAGCAUUAGGUUUUGGAAGGAGCAGUGUUGAAGGUCAGAUCGGCAGCGCAGACCCAAAAAUACAUCAGGUAUUCUUAAGCUUGUGGGAAUUGUUCUACUCAAGGACUUGUUACAGGGGAUUGAAUCAGGUCAGCUGAGUCGAGGGCAGUCUAGAUUUAUUACACAGUUCACACUUAAACUUUUCAUGAGAACAAAUUUUAUUAUAAUAGAAUAAAUAUAAUACAAAUAAAUAAGUGAUUAAUAUGUGGACUUAAUUCAGAGAGCAAAGACUGUAUGUUUGAAAAAAGAAAACAAGAACGUGAUUUUUCUUUCAGUUCAAAUUGCUUUAUAUUCAUGUCUUAUGUGAAACACUUGAACUGCCUUGUUGUUGACAGACGCUACAUAACUGCCACAGACAACUCUUUUUUAAUUACUGUUUCAGCAUGUUAACUAGGCUUCCUUAGAAAUGGAGCCAAGGCAGUUAGUACCUGUAGUAAAAUAAGAAACUUCACAAUCAUAACAUCUGUAAUUCACUGUGAGCAUCAUUUUCCCUUUUUCGUUCAAAGACACCGUCACCCACCCUUUUUUCACCAAAAUUAACGCAUAUACUUGGGUGUUUUGAACGCGUGAAAACCCUCUAAAAAUAUACGAUAGCCUCCUUUCCUAUUGCCAGUAGACGAACACGUGUUUUUGUUUUGUUCUGUUCUUUAUUUUCAACUGGUGUGUCGACAGGUGUGCCUUGCUGUUGACAGACGCUGUAGAAAUUAACCUGCCUUGCCUUUCACACAGAAACACAAAGAGAGAGUGAUAUGUGUUGGUGAUAAACUCAGUGAAUAUUUUUAUGUUGUUUGUAGCUUUAGUUGAUUCUGUAACAAAACUUGCCGCAUUAGACUACACAGUGACAUUAUUUACAGUAUAUAGCACUUAGAAAAACAGUUACAAAGUUCACAUUCAUUAUUUUGUUUAUUUAGGUAGUAACAUGUGACACUGCUAUGUGAAAUAUGAAUAAGACAGUUAUUGCCUUUUGUAGCUAACAUUAGUUUUGUUGUUGUUUUUGUUUUUAAACCAAAGAUAUACCUAUGCACAAAAGCUGCUGACUUGGAGUUUUGGGGUUACAGUAGCUUUUAUCCUGAAUCUAAACUGAAUUCUGAAGUAAAAGUCAAUUGUAUUUUACUUAUUAUUUGUUUUAAAAUCAACGGAAAUCUGUUUGCUGGUUGGAGCACCCGAGUUUGAGAUAUCCUGUAAAUUAAAUUAUUACACUUUGUUAUCUUUACAUAUAUUAAAACAUCUGCAAAAUAUAUCAGUACAGAGUUUUUUGUUCUCUACUGUCCAAAGGUAUUUCUUACAUGUGCUGAACAUGUGUUUUAAUAUGUGCUUCAAUAUACAUCAUAGUAUUUUUAGUAAAUAAAAUAUGGAUGACGAUAA